ACUUUUUCCUCACAUCUGCGAUUCCCCCUUUCGUCUACCAAUCAGUUCUUUAAACUCCCCCAAUUUUUAAACCCUAGUUCUCACUUCUCAACCAAUGGCUCCCAAAGCAGCAGAGAAGAAGCCGGCCGAGAAGAAGCCCGCCGCCGAGAAAGCCCCGGCCGAGAAGAAGCCCAAGGCCGGCAAGAAGCUCCCCAAGGAAGCCGGCGCAGCCGCUGCCGACAAGAAGAAGAAGAGAAGCAAGAAGAGCGUGGAGACUUACAAGAUCUACAUCUUCAAGGUGCUCAAGCAGGUUCACCCUGACAUCGGUAUCUCCAGCAAGGCCAUGGGGAUUAUGAACAGCUUCAUCAACGAUAUCUUCGAGAAGCUCGCCCAGGAGUCUUCCAAGCUGGCAAGGUACAACAAGAAGCCAACCAUCACUUCGCGGGAGAUUCAGACUGCUGUGAGGCUUGUGCUCCCUGGUGAAUUGGCCAAGCACGCUGUUUCCGAAGGCACCAAGGCGGUGACCAAAUUUACUAGCUCUUAAAGUGUUUGAUGAAAUGUUUAGGCAGUUAAAAAGUAUUAGGUCGUUUUCAGUUUGUGUUGAAUUAUUAAGCUUCUGUAGUCUAUGUUAUCUGUCUUGAUGUGCUGUAACUAUCAGUGUUUUGGAUUAUUAAUGAAUUUGUCGUGUUUAGUAUGA